AUGGCUGAAGAGACGAAGGAGCAGAGCUGCGCGCAGUUCGCCUUGUUCGUGACGCUGAAGAUCAUCGGCGUCCUGGUCGCGCUGUACUUCUUUCUGGCCGGUCUGAGCUUGAUGGGAGGAUCUUUUGGUGCUCUUGGGGGCAAGGGAGCAGGCGAGCUCUUCACGAUCACUGACAACCCCAUCGCAGGUCUCAUGGUGGGAGUUUUGGCCACGGUCCUGGUGCAGUCAUCCUCCACCAGCACAAGCAUCGUGGUGGGUUUGGUGGGUGCCGAUGUCUUGACUCCGCGCCAGGCAAUCCCAAUCAUCAUGGGCGCCAACAUCGGAACAUCGGUGACCAACACCAUUGUGUCAAUGGCACAUGCGGGAGAUCGCCUCGAACUUGAGCGUGCCUUCUCCGGAGCAACAGUGCACGACAUGUUCAACAUGCUUUCCGUCCUGACGCUGCUCCCGUUGGAGAUCAUCACCGCCGCCAUCUCCGGUGAAGGAGGCCUGCUCUAUUGGAUCUCCCGGGGGUUGACGGAAGCAGCCGUUGGCGGAGCAGAGACGGACCUGACCUUCCCAUCCCCAACCAAGGAGAUUGUGAGCCCAUUGGUGAAGGCAUUCCUGUCCAAGGACAAGAACGUCGUGAAGGCCUUGUCCUUUGGUGAGCCUCCUGCCUACACAAUGCCCUCAGGCUCCGGCACUUACUACUGCGUGAGUUCAGCCAUGAGCUCGGCUUGGAAGAAGGUUGCGGAGGAUGCCUACGAGGGCCUGACAAGCUGCAGUGGCUUCGCAAACGAAUGUGAUAACGGUAGCAGCUGCUACACGGAUGCCGGCGACUACUACACCAAUGAGAUUGCCGGUGCCAGGCUCAUCGGCAAGGGCUUCCUGAAAGAGGCAGGCGACGUGGCGGGCGGCAUCAUCGGGCUCAUCAUUUCGCUGGUGGUGCUGUGCACAGCUUUGUACGUCUUGGUGCGGCUCUUGCAGAGCCUCGUGAUGGGCCAGGCAAAGAAGGUGAUCAUGAAGGGCACCAACAUGAACGACUACUUGGCCAUGUUGCUAGGUCUGGUGAUCACGAUCAUUGUGCAGUCGAGCUCUGUGACCACGUCUGCCUUGACUCCUCUUGUUGGCAUCGGAGUUCUUCCUGUGCACAAGAUGUUGCCCAUGACUCUUGGGGCCAACAUCGGCACAACCUGCACUUCCAUCCUGGCUGCCUUUGCUGUCAUGAAGUUCAACAGCAUCCAGAUUGCCUUCUGCCACCUGCUCUUCAAUCUCAUUGGGAUCCUCAUCUGGUUCCCAGUGCCUCUGAUGCGCAGGGUGAUUGUGCGAGCCGCCUGCACCCUUGGCUUCUACGCCUCAUACUGGCGACUGGUGCCCCUCAUCUACAUCCUGGUGAUGUUCGUGGCCGUGCCAGGUGUUUCCCUGGGCAUUUCGUUGCUCUAUUCAGCCAGCGUGGCUGCAGGUGUCGUUUGCACAAUCCUGGCUCUGGGUAUAGUGGGCGCAUUCAUCUUCUGGUGGGUGCGCAUGGGUGGCUGCUACAAGGUCGUGAGCCAGGAGGAGCGGGAGGCACGCAAGGCCGAGAUCGAGGAGGAGAUGGGUGUUGUGGGUGAGAAGAAGGCAGCCCCAGAGGCUGACGCAACACCAGUGGAAUUAUCUGUCUAA